CUACUACAUCCAACUUUGCGUCCUCGUCUGCAAGGCUGGCCGCAUGUGGCGCGUCCUCGGCUUGUCCUGGGCUUGCCUGACCUUCAUCUUCCAGUCCCUCCUAUCAAUCCUCGUAUAUCUUGACCGACGCACACCAGAAUUCUACUACAGUCGAAUGGUCAGAGCCCUGGCGUGCCUUUAUUGCUCUUCCAAAGCCGCUCAAGAUGUUCUUCUUGCGGUGACGUUGGCGGUCAGGAUUCUUGCUCUGCACAGAGAGCUAGUACCUAGUCACGGCUUGCAUUGCCCAACGCCAGUUCGGCGCUUUGCCAAGUGGUUCGUGCUGGCAUUUGAGAUGUCCCUCAUCACCGCCUUGUGGUCGGUGGCUGGAAUGGCCAUGUUCUUGGCCCCUGCCUACCUAGUCGAGUGUAUUCUCGUCUUCUCGCACGGGGCGAUGAUGUUGCUAGCUGUACUGUCCUCGCUCAUUUCGAGACAGAUCAUUGUUCUGCUCUUGCGAGCCGACUCGAUGCCGCAGGACAUCCCCACCUAUUUCGUGACAGCCGUCAAUUCAGCUGGCCAGAUUCGGCAGCUUUCACACCCAAGAUUGGCACCGUCUCAAGCCUUGCCGAUCUUGGAGGGAUGGAUCGAGAAUGUCGGACUGGACAAAGCAGACAGCCUCGCGGAGCGCUCGAAAAAGAAUUCGUACGAAAAUUUCACAGACAGAGACGAGACGUGUUGCUGGCGCAAGUGCUGUCUGCGAAGCGCUAGACGGAGAGCUGAAAUCACAUCCAUGCCGUUGUGCCAUGUGGUAAGAAGAUUUCCGUCUGUCCGAAUCGGGUCGAAAUGCAAGACUGACGAUGCGUCGUUCGUGGCUGCACUGCAGCGCUCAAAAGGGCUGGAAAUGGACAAGCCGAGCCAAGCGCGGCCAGUAAGGUCACGUUCGCUGGACGAGCCUCGCUUCGGACACCGACAUGCCUAGAGCAACACAUG